UACACAUUAGCCGGUGUCAUAUAUUUUGGAAAUGCACAUUUUACAGCCAGGUUUAUAGAUAACACGGGAAAUGUAUGGUUUAACGAUGGUUAUGUCAACGGGAGAAAAUCGAUCCUAGAAGGUGAAAUGAUUCACAUCGACUUUUCAAUUUCACCUGAUGAGAGGGAGCCUGUGAUGGCAAUAUACAGGAAAAACUGA